AUGGCUCAGAUUCACACGAUGCAAGUCCCGAUAAGCAAAGAACCGACCUGGCUCUGGGACACCAUGGCUAAGUGGUUGGACACCGCUACGGAUAUUCUGGAAAACGCCGAAGACGUGGACGCUCGACACUCGAAGAACGUGAACGCGAUACGGGCGAUCGAUUUAUCCCACGAGAUCGCUUGGUUCAGAUUUCUCGUUACGCGACAAAAGUAUCCGGUUGUCUUUUGUCACAACGAUAUGCAAGAAGGUAAUAUACUGCUACGACAAAACACACGGAAACCGGAACUGGUUCUUAUCGACUUCGAGUACUGUUCCUAUAAUUAUCGAGGAUUCGACAUAGCGAAUCAUUUCGUCGAGUGGCAAUACGAUUAUACGGCAGCGGAAUAUCCUUUCUUUCACGAACGCACGGGAUCCGGCCCUACGGAAGAACAAAAGUGCGAUGGAUCCUGUCUCGCACCGUACCUUGUGGAACCAGAAUGA